UUUCUUUUCUUUCUGAUUCGUUUGAGGGGAAAGGCGAAAGUUGAAGUACAACUCUUUAUGCCUCUCUUCGGGUUGUACGAGAUAUCAUGAAAAAAAAGCCCAUAGGUUUGAUCCUGCAGAACUAAAAAUUAAGAGAACAAAUGUGAAGCCUGUGUCAGAGCAUAUCGGUGGCUGCUACCCAAAUGAGAAGCUGGAUGUGAAUAGGAUUCUAAGCAUCUUGUUCAGAUUAUCGCUUGAGAAAUUUCAUGUGAAUAGGGUCUAGCUAAGUGGAAAAAGGCCUUGACUUGCUGAUUAGUGUUCUCAGGUUCAAACUCCCAUGGGACCUUAGUAGAGUGUGUGUGAGAAACCCCCAUUCUCCUCGUAGUUUAGAUUAUCGCUUGUAUUAAAAAUAAAAAUGAAAAUAAAAUAGCUAUAUGUGUUACGAGAUGUCCUUCAGUUUUCUUUCAAUCAUGAAAUUUCUCACCUCUAGUUUCAGUGAUAGCCAACCAAUCCAAAGAAUGAAUUGGCACUGUAUAUGCUUUGGCCACCACAAAAAUGUCUAUAGCGUCAACUCGCCCCCACAGUCUUGACUCUUGGCAAAUAUCUUGCUUUUAGUUUCUUCCAACCUCACUCAUUUGUGGUCUGAACUUUGGCAAUCCAUAUCUAGUUUGCUAAGCUUUAGUUCUACCAUCCUGCAGACACAAACGAAAAUGGUAGCCACCAGCACAAAUGAGGUUCCAAGCAUAACAAAUUAUGACAGAAAAAGUGAAGUAAAAACUUUUGAUGACACAAAGGAAGGUGUUAAAGGCCUUGUCGAUGCUGGGAUAACCCAGGUUCCAAGAAUUUUUCAUCAACCAGUAGAUCAGUAUCCCAUCAACAACACUUGUGAUUCAGAACCCACCAAAACCCAGCACAAAAUUCCAGUCAUAGACCUGGAAGGCCUUGAAUAUGAUAACAAUCCAACCAAACGCAAGGAGAUUGUUGCCAAAGUUGGAGAGGCAUCAGAGACUUGGGGGUUUUUCCAAAUUGCCAAUCAUGGCAUACCUGUUGAUGUUUUGGAAGAGAUGAGGAAUGGGGUACGUGGGUUUUUUGAGCAAGACACUGAGGUGAAGAAAGAGCUUUACACUCGUGAUCACUUCAGACCUGUGAUCUACAACAGCAACUUCGAUCUUUAUAGUGCACCGGCGACUAAUUGGAGGGACUCUUUUUUGUGUAAUAUGGCUCCUAAUCCUCCUAAGCCAGAAGACUUGCCACAAGUAUGCAGAGACAUGCUUGUUGGGUACUCCAAGCAAGUAAUGAAGUUGGGGAAGAAGUUGUUCGAGUUGCUGUCUGAGGCGCUUGGGCUGAGGCCAAGUCACUUGAAUGACAUGGAUUGUAAUUUAGGGCUUCAGGUUCUAUGCAAUUACUAUCCCCCCUGUCCACAGCCAGAGUUAACUUUGGGCGCAAGCAAGCACGCUGACGAUGACUUUAUCACAGUCGUUCUGCAAGAUCAUAUUGGUGGUCUUCAAGUUCUUCAUCAGAACAAGUGGAUUGAUGUACUUCCUGUGCCUGGGGCUCUAGUGGUUAACAUUGGAGAUCUUCUACAGGAAACUUAUAUCAAAUGAUAGAUUCAGGAGUGUAGAACACAGGGUAUUGGCAAAUCGUGCUGGUCCAAGAGUAUCUGUUGCGAGUUUCUUUACCACAGGUUUUUUAGAAUUGCCACAAAUCUAUGGACCCAUUAAGGAGUUGCUAUCAGAAGACAAUCUUCCAAAGUACAGGGAGACAACUGUGAAGGACUAUAAUGCUCACUUCUAUAACAAAGGCCUUGAUGGGACCUCUGCCUUGACUCAUUUUAAGCUCUGAACUUGGAGGCAUAGGAGCAACUGCAAUGAACAAAUGGUGUCUACUUUAUAACUUGGCAUGAAAAUA